ACGCCUGCGAGUGUGUAUGUGACCGAGCGGGCGCGUGUGCGCGCGUGCGCGAGCGAGCGUGCGUCCGUGCGUGAGUGUGACGGCUCCGUGCAUGCGCGUUUCGGUGCGCCGUUUUUUCCCCGUGUGUUUUAUUUUGUGUCUCGAUGCUGAGGGGAUGCAGUGCGGCUCUGCGCGCGGAGGGACGAUGGUGGUGGAGAGCGAUGAGGAGCGGCCGGACAGGGAUGCGGCGGCCACCGCCACCUCCACGGCCGCGCUGCACCAGUGCCAGCUCCUCCAGAACAUGAUCGAGAUCUCCAUCUCCAGCCUGCAGGGGCUGCGCACCAAAUGCGCCGCCACCAACGACCUCACCCAGCACGAGAUCCGCACCCUGGAGGUGAAGCUGAUGAAGUACAUCUGCAAGCAGCUGCAGUGUAAGCUGAAAGUGCCGGAGACAGACAGGCCACAGGCCCUGAACAGCUACCCGCGCCUGGGCGACUGGCUGCGCACCAUCAACCUGAGGCCUGAGCUCAUACAGGCGGUGCCUGUGAAGUUGUCGUUGGAUGCCUUGCUGCAGAUGCCUGGCAUUCAGGUGCGAGAGACCAUGAGGAGGCUAGGCUCCAGUGCGGAGGAGUGUGCCCGGCUCAGCGCUGCCCUCUCCUGCCUAAAGAGCGCCUCCGAGUCAGGAGAGUUUAACGAGGACAGUGGCUGCUGGUUCUCAGAGCCCACCAGGCGGGACAGCGGCGGCCUGACCCCAGUGGACCAGCUCCCCUUGUUAGGUGGUCCCAUGCGACCCCACAGCCCGUCCCCCCUCGCCCGACCCCCAGGCACACCUUCUACGCCCCUGGGCCACUACUCACACCCACGUCACAUUCUCUCCGCCGCCGAGGCCCACAUCUCCCACGGUUAUGCUGACAGCCUGACGGACCCCAGCCCGUACUACUCGUCCCGGCCGGUCCGUCUCCACGGCCACACCUCCACCCCGCCCAUCACCCCACCCUCCAAGAGGAGGCACCGCCUGAAGCCCCCGUGCACGCCCCCGCCACCCUCCCGCAAAGUGCUCCACCUGCUGCCCAACAUCACCCUCACCCGCAGCAAGAGCCACGAGAGCCAGCUGGGCAACCGCAUCGAGGACACGCCCACCAACAAAUGUGGAAAGAAGAAUAAGCUGUUCCUGAAUGUUCAGAUUAAUGGUAAUGGCUGUGAGGAUUCUCCGUCGUCCCGCUCUCCGCUGCUGUCCGCUCGGACACCCGGGGCAGUGCCCGCCACAGCCCCCUACACCCUGCCCGGGACGCCCACCCUGCUGGAGGAGCACAGCAGCCUGAGAAAUAACAUCGCCGUCCAUCGCAGCUCUCCCCAGGCUGUGAGGAGAGACAUUGGAUUGGCUGUCACUCACAGGUUCUCCACCAAGUCCUGGCUGUCACAGACGUGUCAAGUGUGUCAGAAGAACAUGAUCUUCGGAGUGAAGUGUAAACACUGCAGGUUAAAGUGUCACAAUAAAUGUACAAAAGAAGCUCCAUCCUGCAGAAUAUCGUUCCUUCCCAUCACUAAGAUCCGGAGGACGGAGUCCGUGCCGUCGGACAUCAACAACCCUGUGGACCGCCCGGCCGAGGCUCCGCAGUUUGGCACCUUACCAAAGGCAAUAACCAAGAAGGAUCAUCCUCCCGUACUGAAUCAGCUGGACUCCAGUAGUAAUCCCUCCUCCACCACCUCCUCCACGCCCUCUUCUCCUGCCCCCUUCCAGCAAAGCAACCCACCUAGUGCCACACCACCCCCAAACCCCUCUCCCAAAGGUCACCGUGACAACCGCUUCCACUUCCCAGCUGCCUGCUACUUUCAGCAUAGACAACAGUUUAUCUUCCCCGAUGUGUCCAGCUCUAAUACUCUGCACCCAGAAGGCCUAAUAGACACAGUCAAUGAGACUGACGCAUCUGCAGAGGAUCCACAUGCUGAGCUGGCUGAGCAUGAAGAUGGAGAGGAAGAAGAGGAGGACGAAGACGCAGAAGUGGAGGAAGAAGAAGACCCUGUCGUAGAGGAGGAAGAUGAAGAAGAAGAGGAGGAGUGUGAGGAGGAAGAAGAUGGGGAAGAAGAAGAGGAGGAGGAGGAGCUUAACGGCGGCUCGGACGGCGAGUGUGAAGGGGACGAGCUGGACGACCUGCCCAGCGCUCGAGGCAGUCAGCACUGGAAGGGUCCGAUCGCUCGCAAGGCCAGCCAGACCAGCGUGUACCUGCAGGAGUGGGACAUCCCCUUCGAGCAGCUGGACCUUGGCGAGCUGAUCGGGAAGGGCCGCUGGGGCCGGGUGCACCGGGGCCGCUGGCACGGCGAGGUGGCCAUCCGCUUACUGGAGAUCGACGGCAACAACCAGGACCACCUUAAACUCUUCAAGAAGGAAGUGAUGAACUACCGGCAGACGCGACACGAGAACGUGGUGCUGUUCAUGGGGGCCUGCAUGGCGCCGCCACACCUGGCCAUCAUCACAAGUUUCUGCAAAGGCAGGACGUUGUACUCUGUUGUGAGAGACACAAAGAACACACUGGACAUCAACAAGACGAGACAGAUCGCCCAGGAAAUCGUGAAGGGAAUGGGCUACUUGCACGCAAAGGGAAUCGUUCACAAAGACCUGAAAUCUAAGAAUGUUUUUCACGACACCAACAAAGUGGUGAUUACAGACUUCGGCCUGUUUGGAAUCUCUGGUGUGGUUCAGGAAGGAAGGCGGGAGAACGAGCUGAGGCUUCCUCAUGGAUGGAUUUGUUACCUGGCUCCAGAGAUUGUGAGAAAGAUGAGUCCAGGAAACAACGAGGAUCGGCUGCCUUUUUCUAACGCUGCUGACGUCUACGCCUUUGGCACUAUUUGGUACGAACUACAAGCAAGAGACUGGCCAAUCACCAACCAGCCAGUGGAGGCCACUAUCUGGCAAGUGGGCAGCGGAGAGGGCAUCAAGAAGGUGCUAACAGAGAUCAGCUUGGGCAAAGAAGUCACGGAGAUCCUGUCGGCCUGCUGGUCGUACGACUCGCGCGAUCGCCCCACCUUCACACAGCUGGCCGACAUGCUGGAGAAGCUUCCCAAGCUCAACCGCAGGCUCUCCCACCCCGGACACUUCUGGAAGUCCGCAGAGUAUGUAUCCUAGAGACAGGACAAAGACCGGGAGGAGAACAUCCUGCAUUUUUCAGCAUCCAAACUAUUUGCCCCCAUUUUAUUUAUUUAUAUUUUAUUUUAUUUCUUUACAGUGUGGUUUGUGUUUCAGAACAUGUCUAGGCAGGACAGAAACGGAAAAGAAAAAAAAUAUUGUAAAUCAUGUGAUGUGUAUUCUGUGGUAGCCCCAUGUUUGGGUCAAUCUAUAAUUUAAUUUGAGACGAUUUUUCAUUUUUGUCCAGUCGACUUCAGGUUUGAAAACGAAGCACUGAAAUCUUAAAUGUUAUUUAAUGAUAAUGUAAAGCUUGUAUGAUUGAAAACAAUGGUAAAAAUGCAACAGCUAUGACCACUUAUGUUUAGCCCAGUGGCUUCAGUGAUUUCCUGGAUUAGGUGUGUUGGAAGCAGGACUCUAAACACUAACAAGUACCGUAUUUGUCACACUAUCAGGCACACCUAAAAUCUUUUAAUUUUUUUCAAAAAUCGACGAUAAAUCUUACAAUAAAUCUGGUUCGUCUUAUGUAUAAAUUUAUGAAUUUUUCCAGUCAGGUUGAGUAGCGUUAUAAAGGAGUUUAGUGAAGUUUCUCCAGCACUAAGGCUGGAGCAGUAUUAGCGAUAGCCGCUAACUGUGCUAAACGCUAGCUCUUUCACCGUUCAGAGGCGAGUGUAUAGGACUAAUAUUACCCUGGUACAGACAGCUUUAUCUAGAGCUAAGCGCUGCUGCUAACCACGCUGAAAUACUGGGAAUCUAAGCCUACUGAAAAUAAACAGAAGCGCUUUAUUCAAUGAAAGAAACAGAUUUCAGAAGAGAAAUCUGUGUAGAUUAACAUCCGGUGCUCAAUUAACUUUGGAAAACAAUUUUUUCUUUACUUAGACGCUUCCUCCAGUGGCGAGACCUGCUGAAUUAGAAGGCAAACAUGGCGCCCCCCCUGUUCCUUACUAGUGUUGCUUAAAAUGCGCUUUAUAAUCCAGUGCCCCUUAUAGUCUGUAAAAUACGGUACAGGUCACAACAGUGUGGCUCAGAUCACCUUCUAAAGUAGUUUGAGUGAUCAGUUAUGUGGAUAUAAUGUAUAAUGUAGUCUUUUUUUUUGUACUUUGUCUUUAACUAAGAAGUGUGUUUGUGGCCAUUUUAUGAAAAUGUGGCUGUUUGACCACACUGAUCUGCACCAAGUGGCACAAAUUAAGCUCAUAAAUGAGAUAUCGGGAAAUAUUUAAUAUUAAGUCCUCUGUUUUUAAUUUUUCAUCUUCCUCACCUUCUUCCUCUCGUGUCCUUGUGUUCCUAUUCACUAACAUUUUAACCUGUUCAUUUUCUUAUUGUUAACAAACUUACAUUCUUCUGUUCUCUUUUCCUACCUUCUAAUUAAGUCGAUUAACAAUCUAACCUCUGCUUCCCUUCUUCUUCUCUCUCUUGUCUUUCCUUUCUUUCCCCCUGUUUCUUCAGGUUGUAGCUGUGUGUGCGUAACACAAAAGCAAUGCAAAACAAAGCCUGGGUCUGCCUUGCAUGCGUCCUGAAAUUCCUUAACUCUUCUGGACUAAAGAGCAAAAGCAAAAGCACUGACUCUGCCUGACUCCGAUCCUGCUUCCACUGACCUGCAGCCUGAUCUUCCACCUUUAAAUGUUCCUUCUUACUCUGUCUCUCGGAGGGGAGACCACUUUGGCAAUGCACGGAGGAGAGGGGGAGUCUCUCUCUUUCUGGGUUUCUUUUUUUUUUUUGUUUGUUUUGUGUUGUUUUAUGGUUUAUUUACUUUUAGUGAGGGGGCCACCCAAGGACCACAGGGCAUUUGAGCUGCUGGUUGUCUCAGCAGGGCUGUCUAAAACAGAAUUCGCUGGUAUUUCCAUACAAGUACCUGAAAUAUUAGAAAAUAUUAUGUAUUUAUGAUCCAAACAUUAAUAUCUACAUUUUAACCUACAUACAUGUUUUCUGCUGCAGUUAAAAAUACAUGCAGCAGUUGACAGUACUGUACUCGCAGUGUAUGUUGGUGGUAGUGCAGAUGAACUGAAAUCAGCCACAAACAUAAACAUAAAGUUUUUAGGUCUGAUGACUGAUAAGAGGCUGCCCAAGCUCGUACAUCCCUUUGAGGUAACACUUUAUGAUCGAUUUAAAGAAGAACUCCAGUGUAAAUUUGACUUUUAGUGUAGUAAAACAUGUUAAAGAUCACUAACCUUUCUUGAGUAGCCUAAAUCUGCUUUCCCGCAGCUUUCCAAGAUCCAGUAAUUUCCGUUAUCCAGACUCAAAAUAGCUUCACAAAUCACUGGUAGAAUCCAGAGAGACCUAACAUUUAAAACAUAAUAAUAAUAAUAAUAAUAAUAAUAAUAAUAAUAAUAAUAAUAGUAACUUCAAAAGUGCACAAGAAGCUUAUUAAAAACCACUGUUUAUAGCCUGUAGCUUUAGCUAACCACCGGACGCAGUUUCUGAAUCAGUUUCUCUGAUUUUGUUAUUUAUAGGUUUAUGUUUGAGUAAAAUUAACAUUAUUGUUUUGUUCUAUAAACUACGGACAACAUUUCUUCUAAAUUCCAAAAAAAAUAUUGUCAUUUAGAGUAUUCAUUUGCAGAAAAUGAGAAAUGGCUGAAAUAAAAAAAAAAAGCAGUUCACUUUUUUUCAGUUCAACUCUUAAAACCUUUCAGUUUUAAGAGUUCAGAAAUCAAUAUUUGGUGGAGUAACCCUGGUUUUAAUCACAGUUUUCAUGCAUCUUGGAACGUUCUCCUCCACCAGUCUUACAUACUGCUUUUGGAUAACUUUAUGCUGCUUUACUCCUGUUGCAAAAAUUCAAGCAGUUAAGCUUGGUUUGAUGGCUUGUGAUCCUUUAUCUUCCUCUUAAUUAUAUUCCAGAGGUUUUCAAUCAAAGAAACUCUUCGUUUUUAAGUGGUCCCCCUUUUUUUUUACACAAUUGUAUACAAAUUGGCAAUUGGAGUAGCAUAUCUACUACAUCUUUUAAGGUUAUGGUGGUUGGCAGACUAACUAUAGGAGCAUUACCGCCAUCUAUAGAGCUGAAGUGUGAAACAAGAUUUCGGCAUAAUGAAGCCUUGCUGGAUAAGAUAGUUAGCUAAAUGUCACUGCGGACCAUAGCCCUGGCAGCUCUCUCUCUCUCUCUCUCUCUCUCUCUCUCUCCUCCCUGGCUUGUGGUGUCUUGGCUGGAUCUGGACUCCCGAGAUGUAGCGUCUGCCCGGCCCCUGGAGCGCUCGGGCCGAGACGGACUCCUCCCGACCCUCUCGCGGCUGGACGCUCCGAGCUUUUCUGCCUUCUCUUCACUUCCUUUGUGGUCUUGGUGCAGUGCUUCUGGCUCCUCGAAUGAUGUGUAUCUUUCUUGCUCUUUUUCUCAUACUGAUUCACAAUCGCUCACUCUCUCUCUCUCACUCUCUGCACGAACUGACAUCAGAUGCUGUCACACCCCUGGUCAUUCCUACACCCACGGUAUUGCAUACAAUCACUCUCCAGCCCCAAAUUAUCUCUUUGAUGAUGGGAAAAACAAUGCCGUACGAACUUGAAGCAUCUGCUGUGAGAACUGAAAGGAAUAGUUCAGUGAAAAAUCUGAAAAUUACGAUUUUCCACUUUCCCAAGUGUAUAGAAAAAGACACAGUAUAGAAAAAGACUGUAGAAACCAAAAAGUGUAAGAAAGAGAAAUUAGGAACCAACAGGACCAGUGUUUUGACAUUUCUAUUCGUACGUUGUUCGCAUGGGCAGUUCAAGCCAGAUGCUGUCAGUCACCAUCAUUCAGAAAUAUUAAAUGCGCACACAAUUUUGGAAAUGGUCAAAUUGAAAUAAUCUUAUCAAUCUGGCACCCACUAUCAGAGACUCAGAUAAUUUACAUCGCCUUGCCAUGAGCAAGCUGGCCAGUGUUUAGCCUCGCUCACAAGAUACUAACUCAUAGCUUAUACAGACAGGGUGUUCCCAAGCCUAAUAGUGAGGAACAGACUUCUAUUACUUGUUGGUAAGGCUCACUAGCUUUUCACUUUCCAUUUCACAUUGCAUUGUGGGAUAAGUGCGUUCAUCGUAAAUAAACCCCACACUCAAAUAAACCACACAGUUUCUCAAUAUGCAUCUUUAAUACUUAGAUACUAGUGAACUCAACUUUGCCUAUACUCAAUUCUACCCAAACUACAUUCUUUAUAUAUUAAAAAAAGAGUUAGUAUUAAUAAUGUGCAUGUAAUUGGGAUGCACCCAAAGAUACAACCAUAUCAGUAAAGGCUAUAAUAUUGGUCUUAUAAUGGACUUAAACUUGAGUUUUCCAAGUAGAACAAAGCUAAUUCUAGUCAAAAUCAAAGGCUAUAUUUGGCAAAACCACUGGCUAAAUCCAAGUUCAGGUACUGUUGAUGCUAGUAUAAGGAAAAUUCCAUUUCAAAAUACUGUGAAGUCAAAGACUAGGCUUUUCGUCUGAGACCAGACUUGAGUAUUAUAAUGGAUGGAUGUAGUUCAAAACUUAGUACACUACUUACUCACUCGCUCAUGUUUAGCAGGCUAAAUAUUCGCCACAAGGUGGUGCUAAUAGUGUUCGAACAGCUGAUGGUGCUUCGCCCUUAUGAUACUGUGUGUUCAGUCAGAUUUUGUAGCUUCUAACAUGACUUGGAUGAUUUUUUUUAGGCUAAGGGGGAAAUUUGUGCACAUUUUUCUCUGAACUAUUCCUUCAUCAAGGAGCUGCAGAAGUGAAAGCAAUGUGUGUGCAGUGCAGUGAGUUUUUUCCACUCUCCCUUUCGAUGUACGUCCACUCUUGAGCGGCUGUUAGCUCCUGUAGUGUGUUUCCUAUAGGACUGCACUGAAGUGACUUUAAGUGGAGCGCAAUGAUGAGCCAAGGAGAAGCACGGUUGUCUUCUCAACAAAACUAGUUCCAGAUUUCAGUUUCUUGAGUUUUAUUUUUUUAUUUAGAUUUUUUUUUUCCUUUUUUCACCCAAAAAGUAGCGUCCAAAAGUAGAUCUUUCUCACAUCGGUUUCGGAACGACCGUGUCCCAUUCCACAGAGUCACGUAAACAUUACCUCUUGUGCGUUUGUUUGUAUCGUGUGUGCUUGUGUGUAUUAAUUUUGCUGUGUGUGUGUGGAUGUGUGUGUGUGUGUGUGGGUGGGGGUGAACGUGUGGGUGUAACGUGUUUGAAAUGUAGGGGUUCAUUCUGUCGAGCGACUGGAGUAUUCGUGGUCCGGAAAUGUUGACGAUGUGUAAAAUAUACGUGUAUAAAAAAACACAAAUAAACUCUGAUUUAUUUAUUGUACAGCUAAUGAACAUAAUUCUUUUAAUAUUUAUAUGAACAUUUUAUAUAUAAUGUACAUCAUGACAUUUUUGAAUAAGUACUGCUCCCCUGUUCCAGAUGUAUAUAUAUCUUUCUAUUUUUUCAUGUACAAAGAAGCUGUAAAACAUUGAAAAUUGUACAUUUUUUUAGAAUGGGUCGAUACAUGUUCUGUCAUGUACAAAUUCAUAUUUUUGUAUUGCAUGUGGCUACCAUUCUGUAUACAAUACACGUUUUUCUGUUUUCAUCCUUGAGAAAGAAUAAAACCAAGCUUGUCAUGUG